AUGGCAAACUAUAUAAAUCCAACCAACGCAACAACAACACCAAGCAGCUACUAUGGCUCGCGGGGCCAGGACCCGGCAGCCAACGCGCCAGAGGUAGUCCCGACUGACGUGCCGCCACAUUCGCGCGGAGACAACCAACCGCAGAUGAUGGGGAUGGACUGGCAGGGAAAGGGGAAGCCGGUGAUGCAGACAUACUACGACCCAAAGAUCGGCACCUACCCGGAGAGCGUGCCGGUGACGACGCCGUCCUACCACGCCAAGGUCGCUACUCCUUCCCAGGGCGCACCGACGCCGCCCUACCGCAACGACGUCGACGACACUCCGCUGGAAGCAGUGGUGCCUGGGCAGUUCAGCCCCUACCCCGCGACGGGGAUCUACAGCGACAAAGCCGGGGCGCAUCCGGCAGGGACUGUCCAGGAGCUGAGGGGCUUUCGGCAUCAGGGAGCCGGGGACGACGGUAGUCAGGUGCUGGAGAAGCCGGCAAAAAGGAGGAAUAAAGUUUUGGGGGUGCCAGUCGCGGUUUUUUGGGCGCUUCUGGUGCUGAUAGUCCUCGCUGCCGUGGGUUUGGGAGCUGGCCUCGGGGUGGGGCUUUCGCAACGCAACAACGGAUCAGGCACAUCCGUCGCGAAUCCCGAAAGCCAGCAGACGGACUCGGCGCCGACGAAGACUACCAGCCAGACGCAGGGAGCACCAGGCUCGACUUCGACCGCGACGUCAACGACAACAACGACGCAACCCGCGGUCACAGCGGGCACGCGUGGGCUGGCAGCCAACAGCUGCAACUUUGACGGGUCGAAGGUGUACACGAGCGGGGCGGAAAAGUUUGAGGCGUUUUGCUCGGUGGAUUGGCCCCAAGGUGUCGGGGCGGCGAGCGGCAGCGGCACCGUCAAGGACGUGGACAAGGCGCUCGUAUACUCGUUCGAGGACUGCAUGGGCGAGUGCGUCAAGUAUAAUGAGAAGCUACCGGACGUCAGGUGCGUGGCCGUGACGUACAAUUCCAACCUGACGGAUUUCUUCCCGACGUUUGGCGCAAACUGUUUCCUCAAGGAUAAGAAGGGGCAGAAUUAUCCGGGGAAGGACACGUCGGCUUGUGCGGCGAUGUUAUAG